UUUUAUAAAGAAGACCAGAGACUGGAGGGCAAAAAUAACUGUAGGUAAGACCCCCCUCAACUGCCUGCCUCUGAUCCCCCUGGCUCCCAGGAAUCUCAGGCCAGAGGGCACGGACAGUCUCUGGAGCUCUUUUCUGGUGACACCAUGAACUGGCAGCAGCUGUGGCUGGUCUUCCUACUACCCAUGACAGUCUCAGGCCGGACCCAGACGCUUACAGAGAAGGAGGCGGCUGUGGAGUACCUGUUGCAAUAUGGGUACCUGCAGAAGCCUCUAGAAGGACAUGCUAACUUCAGGUCAGAAGAUCUCAGCAAGGCUCUGAGAGCCUUUCAGGAAGCAUCCGAACUUCCAGUCUCAGGUCAGCUGGAUGAUGCCACAAAGGCCCGCAUGAGGCAGCCUCGUUGUGGCCUAGAGGACCCCUUCAACCAGAAGACCCUUAAAUACCUGCUGUUGGGCCGCUGGAGAAGGAGGCACCUGACCUUCCGCAUCUUCAAUCUACCCUCGACCCUCCCACCCAACACAGCCCGGGCAGCCCUGCUUCAAGCUUUCCAGUACUGGAGCAAUGUGGUUCCUUUGACCUUCCGGGAGGUGCAGGCUGGUUCAGCUGACAUCCGCCUCUCCUUUCAUGGCCGCCAAAGCCCGUACUGCUCCAAAGCUUUUGAUGGGCCUGGGAGAGUCCUGGCCCAUGCUGACAUCCCAGAGCUGGGCAGCGUGCACUUUGACGAAGAUGAACUCUGGACGGAGGGCACCUACCAGGGCGUGAACCUGCGCAUCAUUGCAGCCCACGAACUGGGCCAUGCCUUGGGGCUUGGGCACUCCCGGUAUAUUCAGGCCCUCAUGGCCCCUGUCUACGCUGGUUACCGGCCCCACUUCAAGCUGCACCCAGAUGAUGUGGCCGGGAUCCAGGCUCUCUAUGGCAAGAAGAGUCCAGAGAAAGAGGAUGAGGAAGAAGAGACGGAGCUGCCCACUGUACCCCCAGUGCCCACGAAACCCAGUCCCAUGCCAGACCCCUGCAGUGGUGAACUAGAUGCCAUGAUGCUGGGGCCCCGUGGGAAGACCUAUGCCUUCAAGGGGGACUAUGUGUGGACUGUGACAGAUUCGGGGCUGAGUCCCUUGUUCCGAGUGUCUGCCCUUUGGGAGGGGCUCCCAGGAAACCUGGAUGCCGCUGUCUAUUCUCCUCGAACACAAUGGAUUCAUUUCUUUAAAGGAGACAGGGUGUGGCGUUACGUGAAUUUCAGGCUAUCUCCUGGCUUCCCCAAGAAGCUGAAUAGGGUAGAACCCAACUUGGAUGCAGCUUUCUACUGGCCUCUCAACCAAAAGGUGUUCCUCAUUAAGGGCACCGGGUACUGGCAGUGGGACGAGCUAGCCCCAACUGACUUCAGUCGCUACCCCAAACCAAUCAAGGAUUUGUUUUCGGGGGUGCCAGACCGACCCUCGGCUGCUAUGAGUUGGCAGAAUGGCCGAGUCUUCUUCUUCAAGGAUAAAAAGUACUGGAGCCUCAACCGGCAGCUUCGCGUAGAGAAAGGCUAUCCCAGAAAUAUUGCCCACAACUGGAUGCACUGCCGUCCCAGGACCCUAGAAACUACACCAACUGGUGGAGACACCUCUCCCUCAGCCACCUUGAACACUGAUCGCUCACCCAUAGACACAAUCUUGAACAUUACCUCUGCAGCCCCAAACUCUACCGCCCUUUCAUUCCCAGCUAAUGUCACCCUCCUGGAGGCCUAA